GGCUCUAGCUGACAUGAACAAUGAUGGGAGGAUGGAUCAGUUGGAGUUUUCAAUAGCUAUGAAACUUAUCAAAUUAAAACUACAAGGUUAUCAGCUCCCAUCUGCACUGCCUCCUGUCAUGAAGCAGCCACCUAUUGCUCUGCCUAGUGCACCAGGAUUUGGUAUUGGGGGCAUUGCCAGCAUGCCAUCUCUUACAACUGUUGCCCCAGUGCCAAUGGCAUCUAUUCCAGUAGUAGGAAUGUCUCCACCAUUAGUAUCUUCUGUUCCUGCAGCAGCAGUACCUCCCCUGGCUAAUGGAGCUCCUGCUGUUAUACAGCCUCUGCCUGCUUUUGCUCAUCCUGCCACAUUGCCAAAGAGUUCUUCCUUUAGUAGAUCUGGUCCAGGAUCGCAGCUAAAUGCAAAACUGCAAAAGGCACAAUCGUUUGAUGUAGCUAGUGUGCCUCCUGUGGCAGAAUGGGCUGUACCUCAGUCAUCAAGACUGAAGUACAGACAGCUGUUCAAUAGCCAUGAUAAAACAAUGAGUGGACACUUAACAGGUCCACAAGCAAGAACUAUUCUUAUGCAGUCGAGUUUACCCCAGGCUCAGCUGGCUACAAUAUGGACUCUUUCAGAUAUCGAUCAGGAUGGAAAACUUACAGCUGAAGAGUUUAUUCUGGCUAUGCACUUAAUUGAUGUAGCCAUGUCUGGUCAGCCAUUGCCACCUGUACUGCCUCCAGAGUAUAUUCCACCUUCAUUUAGAAGAGUACGCUCUGGUAGUGGCAUAUCUGCUGUAAGUUCAGUAUCUGCAGACCAAAGGUUACCAGAAGAACCAGCAUUAGAAGAAGAACAGCAGCAACUGGAAAAGAAAUUACCAGUUCCUAAGGACCUUCUGUCUCUUUCCAUACCAGUUACAUUUGAAGAUAAAAAGCGUGAGAACUUUGAACGUGGCAAUCUAGAACUUGAAAAACGGAGGCAGGCUCUCCUGGAACAACAACGCAAAGAACAAGAGCGUCUAGCACAGCUGGAACGGGCAGAACAGGAAAGGAAAGAACGUGAACGGCAGGAGCAAGAACGUAAAAGACAAUUGGAGCUAGAGAAGCAGUUGGAAAAACAACGGGAAUUGGAACGACAGAGAGAAGAGGAAAGGAGGAAAGAAAUAGAAAGAAGAGAGGCUGCAAAACGGGAACUUGAGAGGCAACGGCAACUUGAGUGGGAGCGUAAUCGUCGGCAAGAACUACUAAAUCAAAGAAACAAAGAACAAGAGGACAUAGUUGUUCUGAAGGCAAAGAAGAAGACCUUAGAAUUUGAGCUGGAAGCUCUGAAUGAUAAAAAGAAUCAGUUGGAGGGAAAGCUUCAGGAUAUCAGAUGUCGGCUGUCUACCCAAAGACAAGAGAUUGAAAGUACAAAUAAAUCUAGAGAACUGAGAAUUGCAGAAAUUACCCAUUUGCAACAGCAGCUACAGGAAUCUCAGCAGAUGCUUGGAAGGUUGAUUCCAGAAAAGCAAUUACUUAAUGACCAACUAAAGCAAGUUCAACAGAACAGUUUGCACAGAGAUUCUCUUCUUACUAUCAAAAGAGCCUUGGAAGCUAAGGAACUAGCACGUCAACAGCUUCGAGACCAGCUGGAUGAAGUAGAAAAAGAAACCAGAUCUAAACUUCAGGAAAUAGAUAUUUUCAAUAAUCAGCUGAAGGAGCUGAGAGAAAUACAUAACAAACAGCAACUACAGAAGCAGAAGAACUUGGAAGCUGAGAAGUUGAAACAGAAGGAACAAGAAAGGAAGACAGAACUGGAAAAGCAAAAAGAAGCUCAAAGGCGAAUCCAGGAACGGGAUAAACAGCAGCUUGAUCGAGUGCAACCAGAAGAACUUCAGUGGCCAAAAAAAAUUCAAGAAGAUGACAAGCAAAAAAGGGAAGAAAUAACGAAGAAGAAGGAAAAUGAGGAUAAGGGGAAGCAGGAAAUGCAAGAUAAACUGAGUAAGCUUUUCCAGACACAUCAAGAGCCAAUCAAGCCAGCUGUCCAGGCUCCUUGGUCAAACACAGAAAAAGCUCCUCUAACCAUUUCUGCUCAGGAGGAUGUAAAAAUAGUGUAUUAUAGAGCACUGUAUCCUUUUGAAUCAAGAAGCCAUGAUGAAAUCACUAUUCAGCCUGGCGACAUAGUCAUGGUGGAUGAAAGCCAGACUGGAGAACCGGGGUGGCUUGGUGGAGAAUUGAAGGGGAAAACUGGAUGGUUCCCUGCAAACUAUGCGGAGAAAAUACCUGAAAAUGAAGUUCCAGCUUCUGUAAAGCCAGCAGUUGAGGCGGCUGCUGCACCUAAAGUUUCCGUGCAUGAAACCACUACAUUGCCAGGAACUGCUGCUUCUACAGAGAGUACUACAACUGCCAAUAACUGGGCAGACUUCAGUUCAACAUGGCCAACAAACGCUAGUGAGAAACUGGAGACUGAUAACUGGGAUGCCUGGGCAGCUCAGCCAUCUUUGACUGUUCCCAGUGCAGGGCAGCUGCGGCAGCGAUCAGCCUUCACUCCUGCUGCUGUUACAGGAUCAUCUCCCUCCCCUGUCUUGGGUCAGGGUGAAAAAGUGGAGGGGCUACAAGCACAGGCUUUGUAUCCUUGGAGAGCGAAAAAAGACAACCACCUUAAUUUCAACAAAAAUGAUAUCAUCACAGUUUUGGAGCAGCAAGAUAUGUGGUGGUUUGGAGAGGUUCAAGGACAAAAGGGGUGGUUUCCUAAAUCGUAUGUGAAGCUUAUUUCAGGCCCCAUUAGGAAGUCAACGAGCAUGGAUUCUGGUUCCUCGGAAAGUCCUGCUAGUCUUAAAAGAGUAGCAUCACCAGCAACAAAAGCAACUAUGUCAGGUGAAGAAUAUAUUGCUAUGUAUACUUAUGAGAGUUCUGAACAAGGAGACCUAACUUUUCAGCAAGGUGAUAUGAUUCUUGUGACAAAGAAAGAUGGCGACUGGUGGACAGGAACACUGGGUGAUAAAUCAGGAGUUUUCCCAUCUAAUUAUGUGAGACUCAAAGAUUCUGAGGCUCCUGGAGCAGCUGGAAAAACGGGAAGCUUAGGGAAGAAACCUGAAAUUGCCCAAGUUAUUGCCUCUUACACAGCAACGGGUCCAGAACAGCUUACUCUUGCUCCUGGUCAGUUGAUUCUUAUCAGAAAGAAGAAUCCAGGUGGCUGGUGGGAAGGAGAGCUCCAAGCACGAGGGAAAAAGCGGCAAAUAGGAUGGUUCCCUGCUAAUUAUGUAAAACUUUUGAGCCCUGGUACCAGUAAAACUACACCAACCGAGCUACCUAAAUCAACAGCGUUACCUUCAGUGUGCCAAGUAAUUGGCAUGUAUGACUACACUGCACAGAAUGACGAUGAGCUAGCAUUCAAUAAAGGCCAGAUUAUAAACGUCCUUAACAAGGAAGACCCAGACUGGUGGAAAGGGGAGGUGAAUGGACAAGUGGGUCUCUUUCCAUCCAACUAUGUGAAGCUAACAACAGACAUGGACCCAAGCCAGCAAUGAAUCAUAUGUUGUCCAUCCCCCACUCAGGCUUGAAAGUCCUCAAAGAGACCCACUAUCCCAUAUCACUGCCCAGAGGGAUGAUGGGAGAUGCAGCCUUGAUCAUGUGGCUUCCAGCAUGAUCAUCUACUGCCUUCUGAGUAGAAGAACACACUGCAGAGCAGUUUACCUCAUUUUACAUUAGUUGCAUGUAAUCGCAAUGUUUGAGUUAAUUACCUACAGAUAUAGACGCAAAAUUAAAAUGAAACAAAAAAACACAAAAAAAUCAGAGGAUAGUGGGUCCUUUUGUGGCUUUCACAUAGUUACCAGACUAAUUUUUUCCACCUUUGCACAGGUGCUUUCGGUAGUUUUAAAAUUAUUGUUAAAUAUAUAUUUUAGCCUUUUAAAAGAAAACGAUAAAUUAAAUUUCUUCAUUGCAAUUUUGUUUGUGCAAAAAGACCCACUAUCAAGGAAUGCUGCAUGUGCUAUUAAAAUUGUUCCAAAUGUCCAUAAAUUUGAGACUUUGUGUAUGUUUCUUUUUUAUUGUUCACUUGUCCAGUGUUGUCAAUAAGUC